AUGGCAGCGGCGUCCAGCAUUCAUAGAGAACGUUGGAGCUUCCAGCGUAAUGAGCAUUGGUUUGAGGACACUUUGCCACAUCUAGGGGACCAACACUUCCGACAAGCCUUCCACGUGUCGCCGACGACAUUCCGAUACCUGGUAGAGUCAUGCAGGCCUUCGCUGGAGCGCCAAACGACAAACAUGAGAGAAGCCAUCUCCGUGGAGAAGAGGGUGGCCGUGGGGAUGUACCGCCUGUGCUCCAGUGCCGAAGACAGGACCAUUGCGGACCUUUUCGGCAUUGGAAGGUCCACUGUUAAUAGUGUUUUCAGAGAGUUUUGUAAAACAAUGGUAGAUCGACUUGAAGACGAAUGGAUACGGAUGGUGGGACCAAGGCAGUUGGAAAAGCACAUCAGGGAAUGUUUUUUCGUAAAUGGUUUCCCGCAGGCUGUGGGUGCCCUCGACGGCUGUCAUUUCGCCUUAUCCCCGCCAAAGGAGCACGCAGCUGACUGCUAUAACUACAAAGGAUGGUAG